CCAGUCUGACUCAGUGCACAAUGGAAGCAAAGACACCACAAGAGAAGUACGAUUUGAUCACCAAAGGCCUCCAGGAGGUGUUGAACGCAGACAUCAUCAAGAAUGUGCUAGAGAACGAAAACCGUCCGUUGAAGGUCUACUGGGGCUCGGCCCCCACUGGUAAACCCCACUGCGGGUACUUUGUUCCCAUGAUCAAGUUGGCACAUUUGUUAAAAGCUGGAUGUAAAGUCACCGUGUUGUUGGCAGACUUGCACGCCUACUUGGAUAACAUGAAGGCUCCAUUGGAGGUGGUGGGCCACAGAGCCAAGUACUACGAAUUUAUCGUCAAGGCCAUUUUGAAGUCCAUUAAGGUCCCGGUCGAGCAGUUGCACUUUGUGCUCGGGUCAACUUACCAGUUGAAACAAGAAUAUACCAUGGACUUGUUUAGAAUGGCCAACAUCGUGGGGCUGAAUGACGCCAAGAGAGCAGGGGCCGACGUCGUCAAGCAGGUGACCAACCCCUUAUUGUCCGGGUUGAUUUACCCAUUGAUGCAAGCUUUGGACGAAGAGUUUUUGGAUGUGGAUGCGCAGUUUGGCGGAGUGGACCAGAGAAAGAUCUUUGUGUUGGCGGAAGAAAACCUUCCAAGCUUGGGCUACAAGAAGAGAGGUCACUUGAUGAACCGCAUGGUACCAGGGUUGGGUCAAGGAGGUAAAAUGAGUGCUUCUGAUCCCAACUCAAAAAUCGAUAUCAUCGAAACCGACAAGAACAUCAAAAAGAAAAUUGCUAGUGCUUACUGUGCACCAGGGGAUGUGAAUGAUAACGGGGUGAUUUCGUUGGUGGAAAACAUCAUUCAACCCAUCCAGGAGUUGAAGGCUGAACAGUGGGGAUACUUUAAUUUCCCUAUUAGCCGGCCUGAACAGUAUGGUGGGGACAUCACUUACACUUCGGUGGAGGACUUGAAGAAGGACUUUGCGGCCGAGAAAUUGUCCCCAGUGGACUUGAAGGCGGGAGUGACGGUGCAGCUCAUCGGGUUGGUGAGUCCCAUCAGAGAUGAAUAUGAGGCUAAUGCAGAGUUCCGUGAUGUGGAAGCGAAGGGUUACCCAGUGGCCCAGCCCAAGCAGAAGAAGGAAAAGAAGGUGAAGAACAAAGGCUCGAGAUAUCCGGGAGUGGGUGAGGUGGCUGCCAAGUUGGAGGAGACGAAGUUGGAGGAGAAGUGAACAGUUGAGAAGCAAUGAGACUAGCGAUUUUAGAGUAGAAUAUAUAAAAGGCUGGUAGAAUGGUAGAAUGGUAACCUGGUAGGCUGGUAAAUUGACCUUAUCACUCCAAACGUAUCAACCUUCGUUUUUUAUGUGAUUCUUGUGGAGUGCGCGAAGAACCAAUCAAGUCGCAUCAAAAUACCGUGCGACUUUAAGUAAUCAACAAAAAUUUAUUUGCACAAUAGUUUAGCUACCCAAGUUUGAUCAAUAUGUUAUCCGCCUUAUUCCAAAGAAACUCGGUCUACGUGGCCACCGUCUUCGGCGGUGCCUUUGCGUUCGAAGGCUUCUUCGACAAAGCCAUUAACACCUGGUACGACAACCACAACAAAGGUAAGUUGUGGAAAGACGUCAAGGGCAAAUUCCUCGAAGGCGGCGACGAGGAUGAGGACGACGACUAAACCCAUCCUCAUGUUGAAUAGACUAUAUUUAAUGCAUCUUUAAGAAUACACCCGUAGACGAUUUUUUU